CGUACCCGGCAAGCUCUAGACUAUUGAUUAAUUAUUGAUUUAUUAACUACAGUUUAUCUAUGACAGUUGAGUGAACAAGUCUGAGGAAGAGGCACUUGUCACAACAUAAGUCUAUCCACUGUAAGCGCUUCCAUGCAUGUUGCAUGUACCGCGUCAAUUAACAUUCAUCUGUACAAACGAAUAAAAAUUGAUAAUGGCGGACAUAUUGAGUGCUGUGCCGGUGGGGGAUAACUACACAAGCAGUGCCUCAUCAGUAGUGGGUUUUGAGCAGGCAUGGAGAUACAUGACAGACAACUACACAAGGUUUCAGAUAGCAGCCUUCGGAUCUGGAUUCUUUCAUUUUCUAUCGUACAUUUUGAUUUCCUUACCAUCUGUCGUCUUCCAGUUCAUUCCUUAUAUGCAACGCUACAAGAUUCAGCAAGAUAAACCACUGACAGGUGCCAGUCAAUGGGAAUGCAUAAAGCUACUUCUUGUGAAUCAGUUUGUUAUCCACAUCCCCUUCUAUCUUGGAGCAUAUUACUACUGUGAACUCGUCAACCUACCAUUCACCUACGAUACAAUGCCUAAAUGGUACGUUACUCUUGCUCAUUGUUUCGCCUGUCUGGUAAUAGAAGAUACCUGGCAUUAUUUCAACCACCGUCUCCUCCAUCAUAAGAGCAUCUAUAAGUAUAUUCACAAGCUACAUCAUACGUGGCAGUCUCCCUUUGGAAUGGUGGCCGAGUAUGCUCAUCCAAUAGAAACAAUGGUGCUCGGUAUGGGUACCAUGUGGGGUAUUCUGUUGUUUGGUGAUCAUCUAAUCCUUCUAUGGGUAUGGAUGUGGGUUCGACUCAUUGAAACCAUUGAUGUUCAUUCAGGAUAUGAUAUUCCACUCAACCCAAUGCAUCUAUUCCCAUUCUAUGGAGGUGCCAAGUUCCACGAUUUUCACCACAUGAACUUCAACGGAAACUACGCCCCGACGUUCACUUGGUGGGACAAGAUAUUUGGAACGGAUAUUCAGUUUAAAGAAUACUAUAAGAUGAAGGAGAUAGAAGCUAAGAAACAGAAGUGAUCAUGAUACCACGAAUGGGGGGGGGGCUCUGAAGGGGCAGAGGAACGACUACCCCUCCACUCUAUAUGAUUUUUUUUUCAUGUGUUGAAAAAAAUAAAGAGGGAAUAUACGGGAGAAAGGAAGAGGGAAAGAAAUAUGAAAAUCGUUUAAUAGUAAAGUGAGAAGUGGGUCGUAGCGCAUACAUAUCCCCAUAAUCCCAAAUUCUUUUAUUGAUAAAAUGGCAUCACCGUAAUAUCACGGCGACGCUCCUAGAGGACAACAAAAUCGAAAAAU